UUCAUGGACUGUGUGUGUCUCACUGUUGCAGAUCAGAACUCCGUGUUACUGGACAAAGAUGGGAAACGAAAACACACACGACCCACGUUUUCUGGACAACAAAUCUUUGCGCUGGAAAAGACUUUUGAACAGACCAAAUACCUGGCGGGGCCGGAGAGAGCGCGCCUGGCCUACUCUCUGGGCAUGACGGAGAGCCAGGUCAAGGUCUGGUUCCAGAACCGGAGGACCAAGUGGAGGAAGAAGCACGCGGCGGAGAUGGCGUCGGCCAAGAAGAAGCAGGACUCGGAGACGGAGCGGCUGAAGGGGACCUCGGACAACGAGGACGAGGACGACGACUACAACAAACCCCUGGACCCGAACUCGGACGACGAGAAGAUCACACAGCUGCUGAAGAAACACAAGCCGGGCUCCGCGCUGCUCGUGCACACAUCGGAGACCGACAGCUCCUGACUGUCCUCUCGGUUUCUGCGGGAGAUGGAGGCGAUGUUACGGCCUGUCGGACCCGACGCGUCCCGGGCGUCCUGCGGGUCCUGUGGGUUGUUUGUUUUUUGCACGAUGGUGGAGGACUCCUGUCCGGAGGGGCGACGUUUCAUGGCCCGAACCAGAGCACGGUACCUAACCUGUAAAUAGAACCGUGAGUUGUAUCAAUAGAAAAUAUCCUGCUGUGAAUAAUUUAAGUGUAAAGACAGUUUUGUACAGAAGCACUGCUCUCAGACCAGCUUUGGUUUUGUAUUUCACAGUAACAUCUUAGAAAAUGACACCUGCUCCUUCUGUGGGUCCGUGAAGGCCUCGGGACAGAACUUACACACGCACACACGCACGCACACACCUGUACAUACCUGCAGAAACAUCUUCACCCAGUUUUAUUUAUAUGUUGAAGUUGUGAGUGACGCCUGCGCAUUGUGUAUCAUGGCAGGUUAAUGUAAUGCACUUUGAUUUAAUAAAAGCCCCA